AUUGGUUGAAAGUGAGUUUUCAAACCAAGAAGGAGCUUGCUGAUUGGCUGGUACGUUGCCCUGUGCCGCGCUAUCGGUGAAGUGGACAUCAUUGUGUUUUCCCUCCGUUUCGAGUGAAAGAGAAGUUCAUCGGGCGACAUGGCAGGAGGAAAGGCUGGAAAGGACAGCGGUAAAGCUAAAGCCAAAGCAGUGUCCAGAUCCCAGAGAGCUGGUCUGCAGUUCCCUGUAGGACGUAUCCACAGACACCUGAAGACUCGAACCACGAGCCACGGUCGUGUUGGUGCUACAGCAGCGGUGUACAGCGCAGCUAUCUUGGAAUACCUCACAGCUGAGGUGCUGGAGUUGGCUGGCAAUGCCUCUAAAGAUCUGAAGGUGAAGCGUAUCACUCCCAGACAUUUACAGUUAGCCAUCCGUGGAGACGAGGAGCUGGAUUCACUGAUCAAAGCCACCAUCGCUGGAGGAGGCGUGAUUCCACACAUCCACAAGUCUCUGAUUGGAAAGAAGGGCCAGCAGAAAACCGUUUAAGACGCAUCCUUUCUGGACCGGGUCUCUGUGUUGUACGGGGCAGUCAAUAUGGAGACAGAAAUUGUUUGUUACUUUUCCUCUUUUUGUGGUUCUGUUUUUAGAAUAGUUUGAUUCCAGUUUCAUAUACUGUGUUCAUAGUGGGAGGGUAAUACUUGUGGGGUAAAUCUUUUUUUGUAGGUGUGUUAAGGAAUAGGUGUUUUUGAAAAUCGGUUUACAUAAAAAGAACCUUUUUCUAA